UGAUUUAUUUUUCUAAACAUAUUUCUAAGCACCAAACAUUGUACGGAGUAGUAUUGUAGGAGCCUGAAAGAAUACCCAUCGCUUACGCACUGCUAAAAAAAAGUCGCUUACUCAAACGGGGCCAGUACUCUGUUCGACCGUCGAAGUUUUGGCUGCGCGCCAUGUGUUCGACCAAAUGCCGCCUCCUGCUCAGGCGACUCCACGAUCGCCAUUUCUCCACCUCCCCGUCACAUAACCACCGGAAGAGCAACCCGCAAGUCACCAUCCGGUGGCCGGAGCGAUCCAGUCCCUCUCCCGACGCCGGAGACACGGCGAGGGCCCAUGAGGCCACCGUCAGGAGGCUCGCGGCGGCAGGCGACGUGGACGGCGUCCAGUACGCUCUGCAGGAGAUGCGGCUGCGCGGGGUGGCGUGCCCCGAGGGAGCCCUCGUCGCCGCCAUCUGCGCCUUCGCCCGCGCCGGCGCGGCCGACCGCGCGCUCAAGACGUUCUACCGCGCGCACGACCUGGGAUGCGCGGCGCCCACCGUGCGGGUGUACAACCACCUGCUCGACGCGCUGCUCCGGGAGAACCUGGUCGGGGCGGUGGUGCCGGUGUACGACAACAUGAGGAAGGCCGGGGUCGAGCCCAACGUGUACACCUACAACCUGCUCAUGAAGGCGCUGUGCCAGAACGACCGGGUCGACGCCGCGCGCAAGAUGCUCGACGAAAUGGCCAGGAAGGGCUGCCAGCCAGACGCGGUGAGCCAUACGACGAUCGUUUCUGCGCUGUGCAAGCUGGGAAGGGUGGACGAGGCCAGGAGGGCCGUGGCAGAGACGGUGCCUGUGUGCUCCUCGUACAAUGCUGUCGUUCACGCGCUCUGCAGACAAUUCAGGAUGCGGCAGGUGCUCUCGGUUAUCGACGAGAUGAUUCAUCGUGGACUGCACCCAGAACCUGCCACCUACACAAGCAUGGUCGACGCGCUCUGCAAGGCCGGUGAGCUGAGGAUGGCUUGCGCCAUUUUGGCUAGGAUGGUGACCGAAGGUUGUGCUCCAAAUGUUCAAACAUUUACUGUGUUGGUAAAAGGGUUCUUCGAUGCUGGAAAGGCACAUGACGCAACUGACAUGUGGAAUUGGAUGGUGGCUGAAGGAUGGGCACCAACGACAAUCUCUUACAAUGUUCUCAUCCGUGGCCUUUGCCACACUGGUGACCUAAAGAGGGCAUCAUCUGUUUUCAGUGGCAUGGAGCAAAACGGCUGUUUUCCUGAUGUAAGGACAUAUUCUACUCUCAUUGACGGAUUCUCCAAAGCAGGGGACGUAGAUGGUGCCAUGUCAAUAUGGAAUGACAUGACAAAUGCUGGUUUCAAGCCAAAUGUUGUUGUUUAUACAAAUAUGGUGGAUGUACUUUGCAAGAAGGUGAUGUUUGAUCAGGCAGAGAAUCUCAUUGAUAAGAUGUCAAUGGAAAAUUGUCCUCCUAACACAUUGACAUUCAACACGUUGAUCAGAAGCCUGUGUGACUGCGGAAGAGUGGGAAGAGCUCUGAGUGUGUUCCAUGGUAUGAGCAGAUAUGGAUGCUCUCCGAAUGACAGGACUUACAAUGAGUUGCUUCAUGGUCUUUUCAGGGAAGGAAACUGCGAAGACGCCCUUCGAAUGCUGAUCGAGAUGCUAAACCAUGGGCUUGAGUUGACUUUGGUAUCUUACAACACUACUAUUAGUGGUCUGUGCCAGAUGGGAAGGAACAAAGAAGCCAUGAUUCUUCUUGGGAGGAUGAUAGUUCAACAAAUUCAACCAGAUGCAUUCACUUUCAAUGCAAUAAUUCAUGCUUACUGCAAGGAAGGGAAUGUCAAGGCUGCUGCUUGGAUGUUAGGUCGAAUGGAUGCAUGUAAUUGUCCACGCAACAUAGUUGCAUACACAACUCUGAUGUCAGGGCUUUGCAGUCAGCACAGGUUGGAUGAUGCCAUGGUCUAUCUCUUGAAGAUGUUAUAUGAAGGUAUAUGUCCAAAUGAAGCAACAUGGAAUGUGUUGGUCCGUGGGAUAUUUACACACAUGGGCACCAUCGGACCAAUGCACUUGAUUGAGCAUAUUUAUGAAGAUUUAUAAGAGUACCCCGAGAGAACUUCUACAAACCUCGGGCACCAUCAGACAAAUGUACUUGAUUGAGCAUAUCCUUGAAAAUUUAUAAGCAUCUAUUUGGAGAGUCUA